AUGGAGCAAAAGUCAGUGUUGCUACCAGCCAAUAUUACGGCCGCUGCUUUGUUCCAAGCCAUUGCGUAUCUAGUCGUUUUUUGGCUUGCAUAUCGUAUGCUACUGGCAGUUUACAAUAUCUCGCCAUUUCAUCCUUUGCACCGCUUUCCUGGUCCUAAGAUUGCUGCAGCAAGCUACCUGUACGAGGCAUAUCAUGAUUGGUGGCGGGUUGGGCGUUAUGGACAUGAAAUCCGUCGCAUGCACGAGCGCUAUGGUCCAAUUGUGCGAAUAAACCCGGAUGAACUUCAUUGCUCAGACCCGUACUUCACAGACGAAAUCUAUGCUGGCCCUGGCCGAAUCCGCGAUAAAUGGCAGCACCAACUAAACACGGGGGGGGCCGGUCCCGUUUCUGUGACUGGUUUCUCAACAGUUAAUCACGAAGUUCACCGUAUGCGGAAAGGGGCCUUGUCCAAAUAUUUCUCUCGUCAGCAGAUGCUCAAACUUGAGGGCGAGGUGCAAGAAUUGGCACAGAUGACAGUCGACAAGAUGCUUCGAUUCGCUGGUCGAGAGCCCUUUGACGUGAAGGAAGCCUUUAACUGCUUUACGGCAGAUAUUAUGUCUCAGUACGCUUUUGGUGAAUCCAUGGGCUUCAUCGCUCAAGAUGGUUGGGAGCCGAAUCUGGCAACUUGGGUCAAGUCCUUUUUCCAGAGCGCCUACAUGAUGAGACAUAAUGUCUUUGCAAGGAAGAUGGCUCAGCUUCUUCCGUUCCUAUCUGACUACUUGGGUGAGGAUAUUAAAGCAGUCAUGAGACAGAUGAAUGUUGUCAUUCCUGGGUACAUCGCGGCUGCUUUGAAGAACCCUGAGGGAGGAAGAGUUUUCGCCGAUGUGAUGGAGUCCAAAUCAUUACCAGAGUCAGAGAAAUCCAUGUAUCGGCUAUCGGGAGAGGGGUUCAAUUUCCUCCUAGCCGGGACCGAAACUACUGCCGCCAUCCUGACGGUUAUCACUUACUAUCUUCUCGCUCAGCCACUGACAUAUAGACGAUUGAUGGCCGAUCUCGAAGGAAUCGAUCCGAACAACCUCAAAUGGACCGAGCUCGAGCAACGUCCUUACCUCUGGGCCGUCAUCCACGAAGCUCUUCGUGUAAUGCCUGGUGUAUCUCACCGCUCAGCCAGGAUUGCCCGCGAAGAGGACUUGGUCUAUAAAAGUCAGGAUGGUAAAGUUGAGUGGGUGAUUCCAAGAGGCACUCCCAUCGGUAUGACUUCAAUGAUCAAUCACUGGAAUAAAGAGAUCUUUCCCAAUCCGGACGAAUUUGUGCCAGAUAGAUGGUUGGACGGGGGAAAGCCCAACUUCAAACUACAGAAGCUAUUGAUUGCCUUUGGUAAGGGUAGUCGUGCAUGCAUUGGUGAAAAUCUCGCUUAUUGUGAAGUCUACAUCAUGGCAGCUUUGCUCGCUUUUCGAGUUAUUCCCAGGGCGCGCCUACAUGAGACAACAAUUGAGGAUAUCACAUAUGAUCAUGACUUGAUCGUAGUACAGACGAAGAAGGGAUCUAUAUCAGUCCGUAUUGCUAUCUCAUGA